GAGUGCACUUGUCCUAAAUUUGGCUCAAAUCCGGGACGCUGCAUACGAUAAAUGCUGAAUAUUUUACAAGAGUAAUCAUUUGUUGCCCAGCAGUGGAGGCGAAAUGAUGUUGUUUUUAUUUCUUUUAUUAGGGAUUGUUGUUUCGGGGGUGCAUAGCAGUGGUUACUACUUUGUCACAGCCCCAAACGUGUUAAGAUUUGACCAAGAUGAGACAGUUGUUGUCAGUGUUUUCGGAGAAAAGAAUUCACUUGUAAAGGUUUGGCUAGAGUACGAGGGCAGACAAUUUUCGCAGAAAAGCGUCACCGUUAAAGACCAAGAAACACCAGUUUAUACGACUGUUAAAGUCACGGAAAACGAUAUAUUUACCUCUGUGGUUGAGAAAAAGCCGAGGAAAAUCAAAAUAUGUUCGGAAUGGAAAGGAACGAAACGAUCAAGAGAAAUUAUUUUGAGCUAUCAUUCAGGUUACCUGGUCGUACAGACGGACAAACCGAUCUAUACACCCCUGCAAAAGGUCAAAAUAAGAGCUCUAGCACUUGAUGAAUCAUUGAAAGCUGUCAAGGGUUGGCAAGUAGGCAUGGAUAUUAUUAGUCCUUCAAACUUAACUAUGGCAAGAAAGUUGAUUAAGGAGAGCGAAACGGGAUUCUUUCAAAAUGACUUCAACCUUCCGCCUUACCCUGAUAUGGGAAUUUGGACCGCAAGAGCCUUUUAUGAUGGACAGUUCGAGACCGAGUCACACGCCCUCUUUGAAGUUCGGGAAUAUGUUCUUCCAACGUUCGGAGUGACCGUUGACGUUGACGUUGAGUUCCUCCUUCCAACAACAAAGUCGAUAACUGUCAUUGUUAAAGCCAAAUAUGUUUACGGCAAGGCUGUCCAGGGAAAUGCAAGACUUAUGCUGAAAUUGAAAGGGGAGAAUAAAGAAAGUGACUUUAUUCUAAAUGUCGACAGAAAAACGCUUGAAAUCAGUCAGUUUGAUGGAAGUGUGACAGAGUUCAAUAUCGAAGUUGAUAACAUACUGAACUCCCCGUUGCUAAUAGGCAAACCUUUUCCCUCCAACAAACGCCUAGAAGUGAUUGCAAUGGUUUAUGAAAGUGCUACGGGAAAGGAGGAAUCGCGAAGUCACGACGGAACCAUCUUCACAAUGAAUCCAUACGUGUUCAAGUUCACGAAAUCAAAACUGAACUUCCGUCCAGAUUACGAAUAUUAUUUGAAGGUUGAACUGCAGUAUGUUAACGGAAAACCUACUUCUGACAAAGACAUUUUAGUUAGAAUGAGCGAAAAUGGGCAAUUCAAAAAAGAGCAGAAAGUGACAACAAACGACAACGGCCGGGCAACGAGUAUCUUUCAAACGGCACAGGGCAAAAAUACAAUCUCUUUUACUGUAUCUACUGCUGACAAUCAAUACGAAAGUGACGUGUUUGAGGUGACUGCAUAUGCUGGAAAAAAUCAAAUCCAAGUUGAGCGUGUGAAGACAGAGAGGAACGUGAUGUUGAUGCGGGCUUUUACAAACAUACACGGGAAUAAAUACACCGGGAUGCUUUUUGUGGUUAUUUCACGUGGUAAAGUAAUUCAUACACAAUAUAAAGAUGCAGGAAAACAAGCUAGUGUAGAGAUAACGAAGGAUCUACAAGAAUUAGUCUCACCUGAUGCAAGACUACUUGUCUUUUAUGUUGAUACAUCUACAAACGAGCUAGUGGCAGAUUCUAUUAAGUUUGAGGUUGACAAAAAAUGCCGCGGUAAAGGUCUGAAGUUAGAAACGAUGAAGAAGGAGGUAGCGCCGGGAACCAAAGAUAUGUUGACUGUAACUGGAACACCUUUCAUGCACGUGGGUCUAAAUAUAAUGGACAAGGCUCUCCUUUUACUGAAUGAUAAGAAUGUUCUCAGGAAGAACAAAAUGUUUGAGACUCUCCAGUCACAUGAUCUUGGUUGCGGAGAAGGUAGUGGCAGAUCGGGAGCUGAUGUUUUCAAGAAAUCCGGCCUGACAGUGUUAACUAACGCUGCCGUAAAUGAAAAUGAUUUAGUACGGACCACUGACGGCUGCAAGGCAAAUACCAGGAAGCGACGAGAUGGCGACUCAUGUUUAUAUGGUGCAACUGAAACAUGUUGUCAAAAAGGAUUCGACUUGGCGGAAGAGCUUUUCUAUGAGUCAGAUAACCCAGCGGGCAUGAAUCCAUACGCAAGUUGCUACCCUGAAGCACAUAAAUUGACGGUGGAAAAAAAGGUUUCGAUCAAAUGCGUUACGGCGUUCUUUAAAACUUGUAUAGAUGAGCUGCAAUAUCUUAUUACUGAUGAAACAUCGAUAACUUCAAAAUCAUUGGAUGACGAAAGUGACUAUUUGGAGGACAUCGCAAGAUUGGCUGAUGCUGGUAUAACAAGUAAAACUAGGUCAAAUUUCCGCGAAUCUUGGCUUUUUGAUGUCUAUAGUCUGGACAAGGACGGGCAGAAAAAGACGAUGCUAAACGUUCCAGACUCUAUAACAGAAUGGCAAAUACAGGCUAUUGGUAUAACGAAAGAUGAAGGUAUGUGUAUUGCUGACCCUUUCGAUUUUAAGGCUUUCAGAGAUUUCUUCAUUCAACUUGAUCUUCCGUACAAAGCAUCUCGUUUGGAACAUUUCAAUGUUAAAGCAACGAUAUUUAGUUACGGUAUGCCGGGGUCUGACAAUAAAGUGGCCAAUGUUUACCUGCAAGGAGUUCAAAAUUUGUGUUAUAACAGCGACCCAGGGAAACCAUCACCUCGAGUCAAAGUUGAGCUCCCGCCGAAUAGCGCACAAACAGUAACCUUUCCAAUGAUACCUUUAAAGGACGGCCUAUUUCCUGUAAAAGUGUCUGCCAUUGUUACGCAAGGAGGAAUACCGGAAGUUGACGUCAUUGAAAAGAAACUAUUCGUUGUAAAUGAGGGUAUAGAUGAAAAAAUAACAAUUGUUGUGUGUUUAGAUCCAAUGAAACAGAAAGAAGAUUGUAAAAAUGAUAUUCGUGUAGUUAAAGACUUUCAACCAAGCAGGGACGUAAGACAGUACGAAGUAGAUCUAACGCUUCCAAAGAAUAGUAUUUCACAGACAGGGGCAGCUACUGCGUAUAUCCAAAGUAGUGUGAUGACUAAUAUUGUCAAUACGAUCAUAGAGGGCGUGGAUUCUUUGUUUAAACAACCUGCCGGAUGCGGUGAGCAGACGAUGAUUAGGCUGGCACCAACUGUAUACGCCAUGACCUACUUAAAACAAACAAAACAACAGACCGCUGACAUAGAAACAAAGGGAAGUCAAUGGAUAAGAGAUGGUGUAAACAGAGAGGUUUCCCAAUACAGACAUACCGACGGAGCAUAUUCUGCCUGGAGACACCGAACCGCUAGCACUUGGCUCACAGCAUUUGUUGCCAAGGUGUUCUGUCAAGCCAAGAAGGUUGUAAAUGAUGCUGUUGAUCAAGAAAAAGAUGUAAAACUUACAAUUGAUUGGCUGAAUAAUCAUGCUGAAGCUGAUGGAUCAUUUGUUGAUAAAAUGCCAGUAAUACACCGAGAAAUGAUAGGACAAAUCAAUGAAAGAGAUCCUACCUUAACAGCCUUUGUACUGAUUACCUUACAAGAAUGUGGUAAUAGAUCUUCUCGUGUUAGUGCAACCGUCAACAGGGCAAUUAAGUUCCUUGAAGAUCUUUCCGAUAAAAUGUUAAAGAAAAAUCCUUACCUGUUAGCAAUAAGUACAUAUGCUUUAGCCUUGUCAGACAGCAAAAAGACAGAUAAGUUUUUGCAGUACUUACAUGACAUUAAAAGAAAAGAUAGGGAGGGAACAUUCUGGGGAAUCCCGGGAGGUAAACCAGCAAACGCUCAUUCUGUUGAAACAACUGCAUACGCUCUUCUUGCAAUGUUGCAAUCCCGGGACAUAAAAACAAGUUCAUCAAUUGUAAGUUGGCUUACCUCUCAAAGAGAUGGCACAGGAUCAUUUAGAACAACGCAGGAUACAGUGGUCGGCCUGCAAGCUUUGUCUCAGUACAGCAUCGUUACCUAUUCUCCAGAUAUUGAUCUAGUGGUCAAAUUUUUCGCAGACCAAUCGGUAAUAAAAGAAGUAAAAGUGACUAAAGAAAAUGCUAUUGUUCAACAAAUUAUACCAAAGUUACCUGUUGAGACCAAAGAUAACAAACUUACGGUAAAAGUUCAGGGAACUGGAAGUGCAGUUAUGUCAAUUGAUCUCCGUUAUAACAGACCAGCCACUGCGGAAGAAUCUUGUCCCUUUACCAUCACUGAUAUUGAUGUUCAAGACGUGGAAGAUCUACCGAUUGAUAUCAAUUUGGCAAAAUCAAGAAACUGUGAUAUAUGUGGCCAGUGUGAUGCGGGCGAUAACGAUUAUGAUGACUACGACAGCGAUAAUUUUGGAGAUCCGCCAGAAAUAGAUCCUAAGAUAAACAGUAACUUUGGGAGAAAGAAAAGAGAGGCAGGCAACCGUCGUGUUCGUGCGACAGUUCAGAAAAAAUGCAUUCGUUUCAGCAUAAGCUCUAAAAAUGAUAAAACAUAUGGUAUGUCUAUUGUGAAGUUUGGACUAGAAACAGGUGUUGAAGUGAUCAAGUCUGAUAUAGAAAAGCUCGUUAAAGAGAACAACACAAACAUUGCAAACUACGAAAUGCCAUCUGACGGAAAAGGUUUUAUUGUGUUCUACUUACACGAG